AUGGAGUCAGCACCCAUGCCCGCCGGGAUCCCCUUCCCUGAAUACUACGACUUCUUCAUGAACUGGAAGACGCCCCUCGCCAUCGCCGCAACCUAUACCAUUGCCGUCACCCUCUUCAACCCCAAGGUUGGCAAAGUUUCCCGCGUCGUCGCCAAAUCUGCUAACGCCAAGCCUGCCGAGAAGACCCAGUCUGGUGCUGCCAUGACCGCCUUUGUCUUUAUCCACAACUUGAUUCUGUGUAUCUAUUCUGGAAUUACGUUCUACAACAUGUUCCCUGCCAUGAUCAAGAACUUUGCUACCCACACUGUCUUUGAUGCCUACUGUGAUACCGACCAGUCGCUCUGGAACGGCUCGCUCGGCUACUGGGGCUACAUCUUCUACCUCUCAAAGUUCUACGAGGUCAUUGACACCAUCAUCAUUAUCCUCAAGGGCCGCCGCUCCUCCCUCCUCCAGACCUACCAUCACGCCGGCGCCAUGAUCACCAUGUGGUCCGGUAUCAACUACCAGGCCACCCCCAUCUGGAUCUUUGUCGUCUUCAACUCUUUCAUCCACACCGUCAUGUACGCCUACUACGCCGCUACCUCUAUUGGACUCCACCCCCCUGGCAAGAAGUACUUGACUUCCAUGCAGAUCACCCAGUUCCUCGUUGGAAUGACCAUCGCUGUCUCCUACCUCUUCAUUCCCGGCUGCAUCCGCACCCCUGGAGCUCAGAUGGCUGUCUGGAUCAACGUUGGAUACUUGUUCCCCCUCACCUACCUCUUUGUGGAUUUCGCCAAGCGCACAUACUCCAAGCGCGCUGGUGCCUCCACCAAGAAGACCGAGUAA